AUGCAUCGACGAGAACCGUCAUCACGGACGCACGAUAAUGCAAUGGAUGCUGUCAUGCACGAGUGCCGUUUCUCUGGACCGGAAUCCGUGCUCUCUGGACCAGAGAACGAGAUGGAUGGAUUUGAGCAACCUGUUCGUCCGGGUCAAAGAGGGAGAAAGUCCACGAAAGUGGAUUUUUUCUCUCCCACCUUCGAUGCCGAUCGGUUCUCCACGUACUCUUUGUACUUUCCAGCCCUCCUUAAAAGACUCGGGGCGAGAAAUACCGGUCACCUGGGAUUUCCAGGGAAGGGUAACGGAGGUGAUUGUGAGGAGAAGGGGAGUGAUCCUGUCACGCUUGUUGGAUUUGCUUCACGUCAGCCAACAUUUAGAGGGAAUGCAAGAUUUCGAAGCAAGAGUUUGACUAGGGAAAUUAAGUACUUAGCCAAUGGACAUGUGAAAACAGGGACGCCAGAAAUAGCUCAGGAGGAGCUAGCAUUAGUUGCCUUUUUGCCCAGAAAAAGCUUCAAAAUAUCUAAUGAUCCUGUGAAGCGCUCAAAUUCUUUUGCACCCCCCUUAAAAGAACCAGGACAGACCAAAGAUUGGGCACAUGCUCACACCCUAAAGACAUCCAGGGAGUUAAAAAUGGAGAGAGAAAAACUCAAGCAGGAGAGAAUCAACAACUUGACCCAUGAUGCACGGGAAUUUCUCAAAGGCCAUCAGACCUUCCAGUUUUCGGGUAAAGAUGGAUUUCGGACACUCUCUGGUGAUCCAAAGGGCUUGGAGACAUUCUUCAAAGAAGCACAGGAGAAAUUUCAGACCAGUUCAAAGGAAAGGUUUGCGCAGUUUGUAAAAGACAAUCAGGAUCGUUUUACCCAAAUGACAGAACAAUUUGGUCAGAGAUCAGUAUUUUCAGACUUUGACUCCAAGUUCUCUGGCUUGGGCUUCCCUGACAAAAGCAAACUUUUUGAAGGGUUUGGUGGAAAAUCUCAGACACAAAGCUGGAAGGAAGAAUCCUCCAGCAGUAAAAGAGAGACCUCCAGUGAGAGUAUGAAUAAAGAAUUUCGUGAUUUUUCUUCAAGUGGAAAUCAGGAGUCCAAGCUCUUCAAGAGCACUGAAUCACAGUCAAGUCAGUCAAGCAACUUCCAGAAAGUGUUUUCCUCAUCCAGUGGCUUUUCUGAGUCUAGAGAGACCUUGCAACGACCUAGUGAAAUGUUCUCAUCAGGACUGAAAGGAACUCCGAAUCAAAAAAACCGAUUCACUUUUGGACAUUUUGGGAUGGACAGUGACAGCUUCUUCAGUGAUGAUUUACCAAAGUUUGGUGCUUUUGGUGGAUUUGCAAGGUUCACUCCCAUCAUUGUGUCUCCUGGGAAGAAAGGUUUACAGAUGCAUACAUCAAGAAGCACCUUUGAAUACUGUGGUAGCACCAAUUCCUUCAGAAUCAGCACAGAACAAGUAACAGCUAUGCACAAAUAUGAUGAUAGUGAGAGUGAAAACAGUGAAGAGGAUGAAGAUGACCCCCAUCAACUGCCUGUUGUACUUUCAAAGUCUCGAAAUUCAGUGAAGGAGAUGAAAAUGCGGAAACGAAGUCGUCCAUUGUCUUUGGAGACGGAGACAUCAACAAGGACUUCAACACCCACUCUUUCAGAAGCUGGUGAUUCAGAGUCACAAUUCAGUAUCCCAUGUACUCCUCUUCCUCUUGAAUACCCUGAUCCACGGCAAGAAAAGUCCUUCAAAAUUGUACAAGAGCUCAUCUCAACUGAAAAGACCUAUGUCACAAUUCUCCACUUGAUUUAUGAGGUAUUCCAGAAGCAAGUGGAGGAGGAAAACAAGAAGCGUGCCAUGUUCCCUGGAGAAACUAUAGCAGGAAUUUUUUCUAAUGUGAAAAGCCUCUAUCAACUCCAUCAUGAUUUCCUUCUUCCUAAGCUCACUGAGAGAAUUGGCUCUUGGGAGAAGGACCCUCGAAUAGGAGACAUCAUGAAAGGACUGGCUCCAUUUUUGAAGAUGUACACUGAAUAUGUGAAGAACUUUGAUAAUGCCAUGAAGUUGCUUAAGGUCUGGUGUAAGAAGAGCCCUCGUUUUGCUGCAAUUGUGGAUCAGAUCCAGUACAUGGAAGAGAGUGCAAAUUUAAGUGUUGAGCAUCACAUGCUCUGUCCAGUCCAACGUCUUCCUCGGUAUCGACUUCUACUCAUGGAUUACCUCAAGAGGCUUGCAUCUCAUUCCAGUGACCGGGAAGAUGCUCAGAAGGCUCUACAUUUGGUGUCAGUGGCCGCCAACCAUGCCAACGAUGCCAUGAGGCGUAUUGAUCAGUUCAAGCAACUCUUGGAGACUCAGGAGAGACUUGCUGGAGCAUUGGACCUGGUCAGUCCUUCUCGGAUCCUCAUCAAGGAAGGACGUAUCUGGAAGAUUUCAGCCCGGUCUGGGGAUCAUCAGGAACGCUAUCUCUUCCUUUUCAGUGACCUGCUACUCCUUUGCUCAAGUCGACUGCUCCCAGUUCCAGGAACAGUGGGUGGAACUCAGUUGAAGCUGAGAGCUCAGUUUUCCAUUCUGGGCUUGCAGGUGUUCCAAGGGGACAACCUAGAAACCCCUCACUCCUUUUACCUCAGUGAUACUCACAAGACUAUUGAACUCUACACUAACAAGUGUGCAGGGCAGCGAACACCCUUACCAUGGAUUGAGGGUUCCAAAAGCAGUCGAGUGUGCCGACAGUGUCACGAAGAGAUUGAGAGGCCAUCUUCUGAGGUCUCUGAUAGUAAUCAUAGUGAAGACAAGGAGAAUCUGAGACUGCCUAUCCAAAGAGCUGCUGCCAUCCUUCAAGUUCCAGCCUCAAAAGAUAGUGUGGUUUCAGGGGAGCUGAUGUUCAAAGGGAGUCGAAGCAAGACCUGGCAGAGGCGUUUCUUUGCUCUGAGGGCAGAUGGGGUGUUGUACAGUUAUGAGAACAAAGAGGAUGACCGGGCACUGGCUGCAACUCCUGUCCCAGGUCAUGAGAUUCAGCGAGGGAUUGAAAUAGCUGAGAAAGAGAAAGAGAAAUGCUUUCGACUCAGUCAGCCCCACACAAGGCGCUCUUAUGUCUUCAUGGCUCCUAGCCCCACUGAAGCUACCAGGUGGUGGAAUGCUAUGGAGGAGUGCAUUGGAGGCAAAGAAAUGACAUCCUGAUUCAUGAGUUUGGUGCUCAUUGUUGUAAAUCAGCCCAGUCACGUCUGCCAAAAGCAGGGAGGCAGUAAGCUCGACGGAAUAAUGCCAAAUCAGAAUAACGUGGACCUAUUUUGCAAUGUUGGAAUUACAUCAGAAUGGUGAUGAACCACCAUCAAACUCCCCUGGUCUCUAGUCGAGAUCUCGUUCAGUUGUGCUGUCAAAACUUCUGUUUUUCAAAAACAGAUAAUGGCAAACAAAUCUUAAAUCGACAGGAAAAUGUAUGGGCUUAAGCCAAUUUUGCUAGGCUCUCUACUGAACAUUGCUAUGAGAAAGUAUUAUUUACAACCAAUAUUGGAUAGGGCUGGUAUGUUUUUUCAACAUAGAGUGUGGUAGAUGUGUACUUCUCAUCCACUUUUCUUGUUUUUGCACUGUGCACAAACUGCCAUAAACUGGCUCAAAAUUUUGUUAAAUUCUAUUAGGAAAGAUUUUCUCAUGCCAUCAUGAAGCCUAGCAGAAACUAAGAUGAUGCCAUGAAUGCCCUUGCUCCAAGUUUUCAUGGAAGGCUCCUAAGUUACUCCUGGAAGAUUCUCUAAUUAGUCAAAUGCCUGAAAGGCUGGUCAUCCAUUUCAAAACGAUAAAUUAAAGUGCAGUUCAUGAAAUCACCUGGAGUAAAGAGGCAACAUUGAUAUUCCUGUUUUUUCCUCAACCUAAGUCAUGCACUUAACCAAUUCACUGGCGUCGACAUAAAAAAAGAGAAUGAGAUAGGGGUGUCAUCUUUGUGAAGCUGCAACAUGCAUACACCUGUUGCACACUGAACACAUUCCUCCUUUUCUAAGGUUUUUAUACUUCAUUCUAGUUGGAGUUUUUUGGGUUUUCCUUCAAUCCAGGAUGUCUUUCGGCGUGAUUCCGCUUUGGCAUUAUUCUGUUCGCGACGAUUCUAACACUCUGCUAGAAGCAGCCUGUUACUUGGUCUGUUCCCAAGCCCUAGUCAUCCACCCUUCCUCUCAUUCCCUACAUCCCACUCCUCUUCCUUCCCUCUGACAUAUCAUUGACAAUGUUUACAUUUCUCAGCUGCAGGCUUUUGCUCCUGUGUGCAUGUGUGUUACUCAUCUUUUGUUGCAGUGCUUUCAUUCUUUUAAUGUGAAAUAAAAUGAUGCUUCCAUGU